GAGAACUCCGACGUCCUUUAAAGAUAACAGUUUCCAGCUCUUCUUUCUUCGCUCCUCCCCUCGAGGAAAGCAAACAUGGCCGGUCAACAUCCCGAUCUUGAUCCAGCUCCGGCCUUCGAUGCCUACGAUUACCUCAAAAUCGUCCUCAACCCGGACGGCACGAUCACGCGCGGCCUCGACGAUCCAACUACCCCCGCCGUGCCCGAUCCCGACCACCCCGUCGCCGUCCGCACCAAGGACGUCCCUCUCGACCCGACCCACAACACUUGGGCCCGGAUCUACGUGCCUCGCGCAUCACCACCGCCCGACCGAAAACUGCCGCUCAUCGUGUAUUACCACGGCGGCGGUUUCAUAUUGUUCUCCCCGUCCUCAGCGAUAAACCAAAAUCUCUGCUCCCUCGUGGCGGCGAAGCUCGGUGCCGUCGUCGUCUCCCCGGCUACCGCCUCGGCUCCGGCGCACCGUCUCCCCGCGGCCUACGACGAUGCCAUGGAGGCCCUCCGCUGGGUCAGGACCGCCGAGGAGGAGUGGCUGCGCGAGCGCGUUGACUUCUCGCGGUGCUUCCUGAUGGGCUCGAGCGCGGGGGGGAACAUCGCAUACCAUGCGGGCCUGCGCGCAUGCGCCGCCGCGGCCGAUCUGGACCCGUUGGUGAUCAGAGGGCUGAUAUUGCACCACCCCUUCUUCGGUGGGUCCCAGAGGACCGAGUCGGAAGUGAGGCUGUUCAACAACCCGGUCCUGCCGGUGAACGUGGCGGACGUGAUGUGGGAGCUGGCGCUGCCGGCCGGCGCCGACCGGGACCACGAGUAUUGCAAUCCCAUGGCUGGGGAGAGAUCGGAGGAGUGGGAGAGGAUGAGAAGGCAGGGGUGGCGAGUGGUGGUGGCGGGCGGCGGCGGAGAUCCGCUGGUAGAUCGGCAGAGGGAGUUGACGGCGGAGAUGGAGGCGAAGGGCGUGGAAGUGGCGGGCUUUUUCGGCGGCGAAGGCGAUUAUCAUGGAGUGGAGGUGCUGGAGCCGGCUAAGGCGGAGUUGUUUGUCGAGAAACUGAAAGGCAUCGUUUGAGCCAGCGGCCCGGCACGGGCAGACAAGCGGCGGUCAAAGACGGAUGCCAACAUUCGAAUAAGAACAACCUCAUUUCUUGUAAGGAAGCGAAGAUGAGCAGCAUAAAUGUUUUCAUGCAUCAUCCUUAUCUUCGCCAUAUGAAAAGGCGUAACUUCCAACCGCCAUGAAAGUGAUGUUGUUAUGCACACAAGCUUUUCUUUUGCACUCUUUCUCCCUUCCUUUCCAAUCGUUGAUGGGGAGGGCCAAUCCGGAUCCUAAACCCGGAGGCUUCGACCCGGGUUUUGUAUUUUUGAUUAAUUCUC